UUGUAUUAUAUUAAUGGUGGAGAUUUGUUUACUUUUUUUGUGCUAAGUUAAUUCAUGUGUAUUCGUUUAUCCUUCUGACUUCUGUCCAGCUAUCAAAAAUAAAAAAAGGGCUUCUUUUCCAAUUUUGAUCAUUUGAGAUCCGUUUGUAAAUUUAUGUGUUAUAAUGACGCUUACUGAUGUCAGUUCCGAUGCUAGUUGCUAAGUUGGUAGUGCCGUGGUUCUAGCUACAAAAUUACAAAGUCAAGUUAAAAAGGGUCACACUCACAAGGAGGAUAAUCUGAAAGUGAAAUGUAGUUCUCCUAUUUUUAUAAUGUAAUAAAUGACAGAAAAAUAAUGUUAUAUUACUACUGGUGGUUAACAAGAUGAGGAAAUUAAGUGAAAUCGAGAAAUUAUCCCUAAUAUUCAUCAUUCCAGCUAAUAUCCUAUAUACACUGGCUGCAUUAAGUCAUUCAUGGUUUCAGUUACCACCACAUAGUUUUUAUGGUUUGUGGUGGGUUAAAUUCUGUGAUAUCCUACGAUGUCAGAUCAUACCAGCAUUCUUUGCCGAAGAACCAUUGUGGUAUCAUCUGUUACAAUCAGUUAGUUUAAUAGGAUGGACCAGUUUAUUUCUAUCACUGAUCAUGAUAAUAACAACUAAAGUUGAUAAAUAUCUUCCACAUAGUCUUACUAAGAGAAAUCGACAGUUCAGUGUUGCAAGUGUCUGUCUUAUAUCAGUGUUUGCUAUAUCUACCAGUCUGGUCAUAUUUUAUGCUAAAUUAAAAGAAUCAAGCCCACAUAGAACACCUGAGAUUUCCUGGUCAGCCAUAUUGGCUAGUGUAUCAUGUCUGUGUCAACUAUCAGCUAGUCUUAUUCUUCUACAACCAGUGUUUUGAGUGGUACCAUUUUCAUUUGGUAUUAUGCUUCCUUGAAAAAUGAAAAAAUUUCAACUCUAGUGUAUCUACAUGUAUAUAUGUGUGUGCAAGUAUGCAUGUUUCUAGUACUAUUGUGAAAAAUAACUGGAAGUCUACUGUCUGCAGUACAACUGAUUAUGAUGCAUACUUCUGGAAAGCCUGAUGACAAUUCUCAUCUGAGGUGUUCACAGCAAAGAAACUUUUAUUGUAAUUUUAUAUUCAACAAUUAGAAGAGUGCAUAAGACUAUCACAUAAAAGUGGUAUGUAUGUAUAUGAAGCCAGUUUAUUAUGCCCCAUAAUAAUUGAAAUUAUCCAAUAAUGAUGUUUUAUGUGUCAACCUAUCAAAAAACUUUUUAGUUUUUCAAUUUCAUUAAUUUUAGAGGAGAUGGUAGUGUGAACUACCCCAGGGUUCAAUUGACAAGAAGACUAAUCAUUACUUAUAAUACAUGUAAAAUCUGUAAAUCAAAAGUCAAUAUGGAAUUAACCGAACAUAGCCUGGGAAUUCAUCCUACUUAAUUCAAUUUUCAAAAAGAUUUUCAAACCUUGAACUUUCAGUGUUAGCUGGUCAGAUAAACUUUAUAUUACCCCAGUCAUGUGAUGUAGAUUACAAUACUCACUUACAGUCUGCAAAUCAACAAUCAACUUAGAUCUUAAUGUGACAUUUAUAAACAACUCUCCAAUCCCUAAAAGAUGGUGUGUGAUGAAGAAAUAGUUAUUAUAUGUAUGUGGGAAUUGCUCAACUUUGUGUGUAUUUUGUCAACAAAUGAAAUAACAUUUUAGUGGUCAAAAAUGCAUUAUUUUUAAUUUUUUUGGUUUAUCAAAACUUGGAUAACAUUAUUUGUGUUUCAUCUAUAAGAAAAUUAUUUGUAGAUAUUAACUUUUUAUAAAUUCACUCUCUUCCUACUAUACUGGCUUGCUUAAAUUUAUUUUAAACACCAACCCACAGAAUAAAAUAUAGUAUCAUCAAUCCAAAUUUUAAUUAAAAAUCCACAUAUUUUUAUAUGGAAAUGAAAUGAAACGGGUUUAACGUCCUACUGUUCUGCUCCGAACUGGGGCUAAUGAAGACGGGUAUAUGGAUGGGAAAAGUUGAACUAUCUGUUAUAUCAAUCUUGAGAGGUUAGGUGGUCGAAUGGUUUUAAAGAUACAUUCCCGCAUACAAACUGGGUGAUUUGAUGAUAUAUUUGGCCUAAAAACAUAUUCAAACUAAUUAAUUUAUCAUAAAUUUGCUUCAAUUCCUUCGCAAAACAUAGUAAUUGUCAAGGAAUACCCUUGCUAUAAAAAAUCGAUCAAAAGCGGUCAUGUUUGUGUCAGUGACUUACGGUUGCGAAGUCGGAGGAGAAUUCAUUGCAUACACAAGACGAUGUUGUCUUUAAUCGCUGACUAUUUAUUACAAAUAUCGAAUCCUAAUUAAAUUCUCGGAUUAUCCACUGCCAUGAUUUUUAUCACAGAAAGUGUUGUACGUCUAACUCUUUGUAAAGCUUAUCAACAUGUACAUCAAGCGUUCAAUCUCCGCGUGCAACCUUUGACGUCACGUGUGCAGAUAUUCCUAAUCGUCGGGCGGUCGAUUAGGGGAACCCAGAUAUUUUUGUCCUGUAUACGAUCCAUGAGUGCUUUUCAGGGAAUCCAGUAUUUUUCUUGUAAGAUUGGAUAUCUCUACUUUCCAUAUAUACCAAAAUUGCCAUACUUUUAUUGGAAAUAACCACACGAUAAAUACUUUUCUGGGAACCUAUCUUUAAGUGUGUGCGUUAAAAGCCUACAGUCUGUCAUGGAUGGGAAAAGUUGAACUAUCUGUUAUAUCAAUCUUGAGAGGUUAGGUGGUCGAAUGGUUUUAAAGAUACAUUCCCGCAUACAAACUGGGUGAUUUGAUGAUAUAUUUGGCCUAAAAACAUAUUCAAACUAAUUAAUUUAUCAUAAAUUUGCUUCAAUUCCUUCGCAAAACAUAGUAAUUGUCAAGGAAUACCCUUGCUAUAAAAAAUCGAUCAAAAGCGGUCAUGUUUGUGUCAGUGACUUACGGUUGCGAAGUCGGAGGAGAAUUCAUUGCAUACACAAGACGAUGUUGUCUUUAAUCGCUGACUAUUUAUUACAAAUAUUGAAUCCUAAUUAAAUUCUCGGAUUAUCCACUGCCAUGAUUUUUAUCACAGAAAGUGUUGUACGUCUAACUCUUUGUAAAGCUUAUCAACAUGUACAUCAAGCGUUCAAUCUCCGCGUGCAACCUUUGACGUCACGUGUGCAGAUAUUCCUAAUCGUCGGGCGGUCGAUUAGGGGAACCCAGAUAUUUUUGUCCUGUAUACGAUCCAUGAGUGCUUUUCAGGGAAUCCAGUAUUUUUCUUGUAAGAUUGGAUAUCUCUACUUUCCAUAUAUACCAAAAUUGCCAUACUUUUAUUGGAAAUAACCACACGAUAAAUACUUUUCUGGGAACCUAUCUUUAAGUGUGUGCGUUAAAAGCCUACAGUCUGUCAUUGAGUCAAGUCAAGUGGGAUGGUUUCAAUUGUUCCAAUAGUAAUCUUCUUGAUAGCUUCUAUUUGGGAAUGGCAAGGUGUAGGGUUACCUGUCUAACCUCAUGGGUCUUCUCCCAAUGCAAACAAAUUAUUGAAAUGAAAUUGAACCAUAUAUUAGUCCCGACAUGACAGUGUCGAGUGGACGUUAAACUCUCUCUUGUUUUUUUUUUCAUCCCAUCUGAACCUCUAUUGAAAUUCGAUGACAAGUUGACAAAACUGAUGACCCAGCAAAAUAUCCCUGCAUGUCAUAUGCCUUCUUCUUCAUUAGCCCAGUUGGCAUAGGCGUACAGGCUCGAUGAAUGUUAGGGGAGCAGAACCUCAAAUGCCCGAAAAAAUUUGGGUUACAGACGGCUUACCUUGUCUCCCCCCCCC